AUGGUAUCAUGGAAAACUCGACAGAGCAAUUGCUGAAGAGCGUCUUUGGCAAGCAGGGAAAUCUGGAACUUACCUUAUUCGAGAGAGUGAUCGGAGACCAGGUUCAUUUGUGCUUUCAUUCCUCAGUAAAACAAAUGUCAAUCAUUUUAGGAUUAUUGCCAUGUGUGGAGACUAUUACAUUGGUGGACGCCGCUUUGCUUCACUCUCAGACCUAAUUGGUUAUUACAGUCAUGUGUCUUGUUUGCUGAAGGGGGAAAAACUAUUCUUUCCAGUAGCACCUCCAGAGCCUGUGGAGGAUAGAAGGAGAGUUCGAGCAAUUCUACCAUAUACCAAAGUCCCAGAAACUGAUGAAGUAAGUUUCCUUAAAGGAGACAUGUUUAUUGUCCAUAAUGAAUUGGAAGAUGGCUGGAUGUGGGUUACAAACCUACGGACAGAUGAACAGGGUCUUAUUGUAGAAGACCUGGUAGAAGAAGUUGGAAGAGAAGAAGAUCCCCAUGAAGGCAAAAUAUGGUUCCAUGGGAAGAUCUCCAAACAAGAAGCUUACAGUUUGCUGAUGACAGUUGGUCAGGUGUGCAGUUUUCUUAUAAGACCUUCAGAUAAUACACCUGGUGAUUAUUCACUUUAUUUUCGGACCAGUGAGAACAUUCAACGUUUUAAAAUAUGCCCAACUUCAAACAAUCAGUUCAUGAUGGGAGGCAGAUAUUAUAACAGUAUUGCUGAGAUCAUUGAACAUUAUAAGAAAGAACAGAUUGUUGAAGGUUAUUACCUUAAAGAUCCUGUUCCAAUGCAGCAUCAAGAACAAGUGCUUAAUAAUACAGUGGAUGGAAAAGAAAUCUACAACACAAUUCGUCAGAAAACAAAGGAUGCUUUUUAUAAAAACAUUGUCAAAAAAGGUUAUCUUCUAAAAAAAAGCAAAGGAAAGAGAUGGAAGAACUUGUAUUUUAUAUUGGAGGGAAAUGAUUCUCAGCUUAUUUAUUUUGAAAGUGAAAAACGAGCCACAAAACCUAAAGGAUUAAUAGAUCUUAGUGUGUGUUCAGUCUAUGGAGUACAUGACAGUUUAUUUGGCAGGCCAAACUGUUUUCAGAUAGUAGUUCAGCACUUCAGUGAAGAUCAUUACAUCUUCUACUUUGCAGGAGAAACUCCAGAACAAACACAGUGCAGGAAUGGGUGUGUCGUGCCACUUCUUCAUAUCCUCUCCAUGGUCACGGGUAACUGACUGAUACUGGUCCCUCCUGCGAUUGAUCAAGAUUGACUUUGAGGUUUCCCCUUUUAGUUCGGAUCUUGGUUUGGAAACUCUCCCUCCAGAAUAGAAUCAUAGAAUCAUAG